GGAAAAAAAAAGAAGAUGAAAGAAAGCCCUUGCAGAAUUUAAGCAACCGACACAAACCAACACACGAGAAGAACGACGAAGACGAGGAGGACGACGAAGAAGAUAAUAAAACGAGGGUUUCUCUUCUUCUCUCUUAAUCUAUCGAAUCAAGAACGGUGAUUUAAUGGUGAGGGAGGCUUGUUUUGAUCUCUGGAGUGAACGUUGAGGUUGAAGUGGGAGAGUUUGGAUGGAAAAGAACAAGAACAGGACCGAUUUGCUUGCUGCCGGCCGGAAAAAGUUACAACAAUUUAGGCAGAAGAAGGAGACUAAGAGCGGUAGUCAUGGAAAGUCUUCUCACAAAAGUAGUAAGUCGGACCAUGACGUUGAUGGUGAACUGCGACCAAUCGCGGAUAAACAAUCAACCCCGUCCACGGUUGCUGAAACGGGCGCUGCAUUACAGGCUGCUGCUGAUGUGGAGCCUGUUGAUUCCGUAAUUUUGCAGGGUACGGGGAAUUCACUGGUCCCUGAAGCAGAUGUGUCCUUUGUUAAUCCAUCUGUAUCAACUGUUGCUGUAGAUUCAGGCAGUGGGGAAUCUGUACAGGCCAUUGAUUCUUUGUUGGAAUCUAAGGCUGAUAGUGAGGUGGCACCAGCUCCAUUAGCCUUGCUGGUGGGGGUUGAAGGGGAGGAUGUGUCGGUGCUUGUUACUGCUGAUGCUGAACCUGCUGGCUCACAUUCCAUAGGGGAUUUGGUGACCCUCGAUGCUAAUGCAUCAAUUAUUAAUUCAUCCAGCUCACCUGCUGCUUUAGAGUCUAGCAGCAGGGUCUUUCCUUCAUCAACUGAUGAUGCUAACACAGAAGGUGAAGUUGAUGUCCCAGUCUCAGUUGUUAUGGAGGGAUUCAACAUGGACAUAUUUGGCCAGGCUGAUGAGGCACAAAUUGAUUCUCUGGAAACAUUGGGUAGGGAAGUGGCGGGGGGAGGGGCAUCCUCAAAUGAAGGUGAGUUGGUUCCUGUGGAUGUGGAGGUCAGUGACAGCAUUACUGCUCCAGUUCAAGUGGAGGGGGCCAAUCUGGGGGAGGAAAAAGUGUCUUUUUCUUCACCAGAAGAUCAUCACAGCUUGUCAUUGGUCCAAGCAAAGGAAGAUCAGGAAGCGGACGGUAUGGGUUCAAUUCAAUUUGAUGGAAACGUUGAAGAAACUCAUGAAUCUUUAUAUGGUGGUGAAAAUUCAGAAGUUGGAUCUGUGAAAGUAGAGCUUGAAAGAGAUUGGCGGCUUGUUGAAUCUGCGUGUCUGGAGAAUGGUGAUCCUGCAGAAGCAGCUGCAGCUGUGGAGCAUAUGAAGCAGGAAACCCAUGAAGCAGAACAAACCACUGAGGUGUAUGGUGUUAAUGUUUCUGCUGAUGCUACCUACAAAUUAGAAGGAUAUUGUGUGGGAGAUGGCCAUGUUUCUGCAGAUGCAAGUGAAGUAGCAGAAGAAACUUCCCCCACAGAUCAUACUGAUCCUCAGGUGAUGUUAAAGGCACAGAAGGACAAUGCAGUCACAGUUUCAUCUUAUGAAGAAAAUUGGGAAACACUGCAUCCAUCACCUGAUUUAGAGACUGAACCAAAAGAACAAGCUCAAAGAGUUGUGGAGAAGGCAAAGACAGGUAUUGAAGUGUAUGUAGAGCAAUAUUUUUCUGAGGGAGAUGUUGUACUUGUUGGUGAAAGGCCUGCAAGGCCACUGGAAGCAAAAACAAAGGGUCUACCUGGAGGACAGACUGUAUCUCUUGGCUCAGGUGAUGUCUUUCAACUUGAAGAAGUGCUGAGGAGGCUUGAUGAAGAUGAAUUUAAGUUUCUUCUCAAGUCCAGAGAAUCAUAUUGUCUGGCAUACUCAAGCGAUACAGGUGCUUCAUGUAUACCAGGAAAUGGUUCUGCUGAUAUUUUGGGGAGUCUUAAAGAACAACUCUACUUGGCAAAUGUUGCAAAAGAAGUCCUCCACUUGCAGCUUGUGGAACAAGACAAGCAACAUGUGGAAUUUGAUCAGUGCCGUUGUGAGCUUGUUGAUGAAAUAUCCAAGCUCAGUGCUUCACUCAAAGAAAUGCAGGAAAGGAAUAUGAGCCUCAGCAAAGAGCUUGUGGAGUGUCGGACUGAGCUUCAGGCUUCAACAGCCAGAGCAGUGGAGCUAGAAACUCAACUAUGCACAAAAAGGGAAGAGGUUGAAGAUAUUUCUGUCAGUAAUUUUGAACUGCAGACUAAACUGGAGAGGUCACAAGAGGAGUUGGAAAACCUGUUGACAGAAUUGGCUAACUGCAAGGGUGUAUUGGACUCUCUCCAAAUGGAAAAUGCCAACUUAAAUGGGAGUCUUACAUUGGUGACAAAGGAAAGAAAGAAGCUUGAAGAGGAGAAUGAGUAUCUCGCACAUGAGAACAAAAAACAGUUAUCUCAGCUUCUUGAUCAUCAAAAACAAUUAGCUGUAGAACAGGGUAAUCACUGGCAACUUGAGGUUAACCUAGAAGAAGCAAUUGCUCGCCUUAACCAACUCACUGAUGAAUAUAUAUGUCUCUCAAGCAGCCUAGACAUACAUAAAGUGAAUCUUAUAUCAGCGAUAGAGGAGAGAAAGAAGCUUGAAGAGGAGAAAGUGGAUUUUCUGCAUCAAAAUGAGAAACUUUCAGCUGAGCUUGUUAACCAUCAAGAUCAAUUAGCUACACAACAAUGUGAACUCUUGCAACUUGGGGUUGAUCUAAAAGAAGCAAUAGCCCGCCAUGAACAACUCACUGAGAAAAAUAUCGUUCUCUCAAACAGCCUAGAUGCUCACAAAGCAAAACUAAAAGAGAUCGAUAAUAAGCCUAUGCAAUUGUUCCCUGAAUCCGAGGAAGGUGGGAAUCAGCAAGAAGGUUCUAAUGUGCUGAACAUGAUUCAUGAUGAUGCAGUAGUUGAUGAAGGUUCUCAUCGAAUUCCUGAUAAACAUGAGGGAGAGAUUAUCGGAAGACCUGCAGUUCUCACUGUUGUGGAAUCUCUACUACCACUUGAACAGCUUAAAAAGAAUUGCUUGGAUGUUUGUGUUGGAUUGAAGGACCACCUGGAGGAGGCUGAGGGAAUAAUGGAUAAAAUUGAAAGGGCAAUUGAAGGGAUGCACUCUCAUUCAACAGCCUUAAGUAGGUCGGGUGGUAAAAUUACUGGAUCUGGGGUGUCUAAACUUAUCCAAGCCUUUGAGUCCAAGGUUAGUCAUGAUGACAAUGAUUCAGAGCAGGUGCUUCUCACUGAAGGUGAAAAAUUGAUGGCAGGACCAUUUAAGUUUGCAAAGGAGCAAAUGGGGAAUAUGAGAGAUAUGUUGAAGGAACUGUACCAGGAUGCAGAGAAAGCCAAUGGGCUGUUCAGGGAAGAGCAAGACAAUACAAAACUUGCUAGUGUUGCUUGCAAUGAGCUCAAGGUUCUGUAUGAAACUUUGAAGCAUGAGAUGAGUGAUCUUGAAGUAGAGAAUAGCGAGCUCAAGGUUCAGUGUGAAAUUUCAAAGAUACAAUCCUUUGACAUUGAAGCAAAAAACAAUGAUCUAAUUAACAAGCUGAGUGUGUAUCAGUCUAGAGUUGGUGAUCUGGAAAGUCAGUUGCAUGGAAUACAGCAAAGUUCGGAUGAGAAGGCCACCACAAUCUUUAAUGAAAUAGAAAAUCUGCAGAAAGAAGUGGGUAACAUGGCAUCUUCCAUUGAGCAAGAAUGGAGUUCUGCAGCUGUUACAAUUUCCCAGGCAGUUGAAAUGCUUGAUAAAUCCAUUGAAAAAUUGUUUUCCCCCAUUUCAACUGGCUGUUCUAAUGCCAUGGACUUUGGUUGUCAUGUUGUUGCUUCGGUCACAGUUGCAACAAAAGCAAUUGAGGAUCUGCACAAGAAACUUGAAUUAGCAAAUACAGAUUGUGAAACACUUCGUUCUUUAUAUGUGGAAUUAGAUAAAAAUUUUUCCGACUUACAUGUGAGAAAUGAAUUGGCUUUUGGUGUUCUGGAGAAAAUUCAUUGGGAAAUCAGAAAACUCCUAAAUGACUCAUGUAGAGGUGCAGAUGAAAGUGAUAUGCAUCUCAAUGAUGUCAAACUGCUUGAUCCUCUAGAACUGACUUCUUAUGAACCCCUCAUAGAACAACUGUGCAAGUUACUGGGUGAAAGGCUGCAACUUGAGUCUGCCAGCAAUGAACUUAAGUCCGAGUUAGUGAACAGAAUGCAUGACAUCGAAGAACUGAACAGAAAAUGUCUUGAUUCAAAAGCUAUUCUUAAGUUGGUGGAAGAUGUUGCUAGUGUAGUUAAGCUGGAUGCUGUGGAGGUUGAUUCAGAUAAGGCACCAUUUUCGCUCUUGGAGUCUGCUGUCUCUGUUCUUCUUCAGAAAUAUCAAGAAGUUAAUGACCACUUUAGCUUGUCAAGAGAAGAUUUUGAAUCCAAGGUGACAGAAUUGAGUGAAUUGCAGGCAAAGAUGCACCACAUUACCUCUGUGAAUCAUCGACAGGAAGAUGAGAUCUGCCUUGUGAAGGGAAGUUUACAAAAGAUGGAAGAGGAACUCGAAGCUUUUCGUUCUGAAUUACAAGUGAAAGUAUCUGAACUUGAGCAGUCAGAGCAGAGGGUAUCUACUCUAAGGGAGAAACUUAGUAUAGCUGUUGCUAAAGGGAAAGGCUUGGUUGUGCAACGAGACAGUUUAAAGCAGUCCUUGGCAGAAAUAUCCACUGAACUUGAGCAGCGUUCUCAGGAACUACAGAUUAAAGAUGGAAGGAUUCAUGAGGUUGAAACAAAGCUUAAAGCUUAUUCAGAGGCAGGAGAACGCAUUGAAGCUUUAGAAUCUGAACUCUCAUACAUUCGUAACUCUUCUACUGGAUUAAGAGAAUCCUUCCUUCUUAAAGAUUCUGUUCUUCAGAGGAUAGAAGAGAUCUUGGAAGACCUAGAGCUCCCUGAGCCUUUUCACUGCAGAGAUAUAAUUGAAAAGAUAGAUUGGCUGGCGAGAUCGGUCAAUGGGAACUUGUUACCUCUGACAGAUUGGGACCAGAAAAGUUCUGUUGGAGGAGGGUCUUACUCUGAUGCUGGUUUUGUUGUUAUGGAUGCCUGGAAAGAAGAUUUCCAGCCAUCCUCAAACACAGGAGAUGAUUUUAGAAGACAAUACGAGGAGCUUCAGAGUAAAUUUUAUGGCUUGGCUGAGCAAAAUGAGAUGCUGGAACAAUCAUUGAUGGAAAAGAACAACGUUGUCCAGAGGUGGGAAGAAGUAUUGGACAGAAUCAAUAUGCCUCUGCAGUUGCGGUCGGUGGAUCCAGAAGAUAGGAUUGUGUGGUUAGGAAAUGCACUCUCUGAAGCUCACAAUGAUAGAGAUUCUCUCCAGCAGAAAGUUGAAAACUUUGAAGCCUAUUGUGAGUCACUCAAAGCUGACCUGGAAGAGUUACAAGGGAAAAUAUCUGAUCUUGAGGCUUCUGUUCUCGUGGUAACUCGGGAGAAAGAAUUUUUUUCUGCUAGUCUGGAGAAUCUCAGCAGGGAACAUGAUAAAGUCUCAAAAAAAGCAGCUGAAUAUGAGCUUGAGAAAAAUUAUUUGCAGAAUGAAGUAACAAGCUUGCAAGCAAAAUUGGUUGAAAAGCUUGAGAAUGAGGAGUGUCAUCAAAAUAUUGAAGUUGAGAUUGGGAAACUACAAGUUUUGGUUAGUGAUGCAUUACAGUGUCAUGGUGCUGAUGAUGUGGCGUCUACCGGUAAUAGUGCUGCGAGCCUAGAGGGAUUACUGAGGAAGCUUAUAGACAAUUACACAACCCUAACCUCAGAGAAACCUAUGCUUAAAGAGACAGUGAAGGGGCAUGAUACUGAAGAAACUGAUAUGGCAGCAGAUGCCAACGAGAGUGAUGCAGUGGUUUUGAAGAAACAGCUUCAGGAUGCUGUGGGUAAUUUGUCUCUUGUGGAGGAGGAGAGGAAUGCGAUUAUAGCGAACCAUAAAUCUUUGGUUACUGAAGUUGAAACACUGAAUAGACAAAAGGAUGAUCUCCAAGAGAGACUUAAUCAGGAGGAACAGAAAUUGACUGCUACUAGGGAGAAGUUAAAUGUGGCAGUUAGAAAAGGAAAGGGAUUGGUGCAACAAAGAGACACUCUGAAACAAAACAUUGAAGACAUGAAUACUGAAGUUCAACGCUUGAAGGGUGAGCUUGUCCACAAGGAAAAUGCUCUUGUCCAUUAUGAACUGAGGAUCAAAGACUUGUCUACCUAUGUGGAGAAGACAGAAGCUCUAGAAUCUGGGAGAAUUCUCUUAGGGAAUCGUUUGGAGGAGCUUGAGCACAUAUUGCAGAAGAGGGAACAGACUUUGAGCAGGUUGUUAAAUACUUUACAUGCCAUUGACCUUGGUGAUGAAUAUAAUAAUAAUAUUGAUCCUGUUGAGAAGUUGGAACAAAUUGGGAGACUAUGUGGUGGUUUACGUGAGGGUAUGUCUUCUGCAGAGCAUGAAGCAAGAAAAUCUAAAAGAGCGGCAGACCUCCUUGUAACAGAGUUGAAUGAGGUCCAAGAAAGAGCUGAUGGCCUCCAGGAGGAGCUGGCAAAGACAGAGGCUCUUGUUUUGCAAUUGUCGAAGGAAAGAGAUAUAACAGAAACUGCAAGAGUUGAGGUUCUUUCACACCUUGAAAAGUUAAUCAGUGAGAACUCGGAAGAAAGAAAGUACCAAUGUGCGGAAAUCAUGAAAUUUGAAGCUGCUGUUGAUCAACUCAAAAAGGGGUACUUUGGUUUUGGUUGUCUUAUUGAAGAUGUUUUCUCCAAUGGGCAGACGCUUUUAUACAAUCUAGAGGCUAGCAUGCAGUCAUGGUUAAAACAAAUUGAUGGUAAUGACUUGGUAGACCUACAUCUUCUCAAACCAUCUGGUGGCAUUUUCUCUGAUAAUUCACUAAAUGAGGUGAAGUUUCCUGCUAGAGUUUCUCCGCCAGAAAAAAUGAUGCAGAAGCAUUUUGAUUACAAUAAUAUAAUGGAGGCUUUUGGUCAUGUUAACGAUGGCUUGCAAGAAUGCGUGACAGAAAUUGGGACUCUGCAAGAAAAACUUUACAAACAUUGUGAUGCUUUUGAACAAGAAGCCAAGAGCCUUUACAAAGUAAUGGAGACUGUUCACAGAGAAUUAGCUUCCUCGAAAGAAUCUUUGGAUACCAUGGCAAGAAAUCUCACUUUUCAAGAUUCAAUGAAAAAGGACAAAGAUAUUGAACUUCUUAUGCUGCGUCGAAAUGUUUCCCUGCUUUAUGAAGCAUGCUCCCAUGCAAUUUCAGUAAUUGAGAAUAAAAGAGCUCAAAUGAUUGGUAGUGGUUUGGCUUCUGAAAUGCAUGAAAUAGGGGUCAAUUUGAAGCAGCUAAGACGUACUGAUGAACGAGAACCUGUUGAUUCUUUCACUGAGGAACAUAUUAGGAGUAUGUCACAGACUUUAUUAGUAGCUGUGAAGGAUUCAGCAAAAAUACAAGCAGAAAUAGUAGCAGGAAGCCAAAAGGACCUAGAAUCCACCAUUUUGAGUAUGCAGAAAGAAAUUCAGGAGAAAGAUAUCCAAGGGAAGAGGAUUUGUGAAGAGCUUGUUAGUCAAAUCAAAGAAGCUGAGGCAGUUGCAGAAACUUACCUGUUGGAUCUUGAAUCAACUAAAACUCAGGUGCAUACUUUGGAGAAUAAGUUAGAAGCAGUGGAGAAGGAACAGAAGUUAUUGGAGUUGCAGUUAAAGGAGCUACAAGAAGGUGAAUCCUCCUCGAAAGCAUUACAAGAUAAGAUUAAGUCAUUGACUGGUUUGGUAACUGCCAAAGAACAAGAAAUUGAGGCACUUAUGCAAGCACUUGAUGAAGAGGAGUCACAGAUGGAAGGCCUGACAAGCAAGAUUGAUGAAUUGGAGCAAGGCUUGCAACAAAAGAAUCUGGAACUAGAGACCCUUGAAGCUUCUCGUGGGAAGGCUUUGGCAAAGCUUUCAAUCACUGUGAGCAAGUUUGAAGAACUUCAUCAUAUGUCUGAAAAUCUUCUCUCAGAGGUUGAAAUUCUUCAAUCACGGUUGCAAGAUCGGGAUGCAGAGGUCUCUUUCUUACGUCAAGAGGUCACAAGGUGCACUAAUGAGGUUUUAGGUGCAUCGCAGGAGAAUAACAAGAAGCUUUCAAAUGAAUCUCAUGAGUUGGUAACAUGGUUGAGCAUGAUGACUUCACGUCUUGGGGUGCGUGAUGAGCUUCCUGAUGAUAAGAAGGGCAGUCAGAUACAAGCAUAUAAGGAGAUCCUUGAGUGGCAGAUAACAUCCAUUGUGUCUGAGUUAGAGAAUCUACGAGUAGGAACCCAAAGCAGAGAUGCUUUGUUGGAGGCAGAAAGAAGUAGAGUUGAAGAGCUGUUGCACAGAAAAGAAACUCUUGAGAAUUCAUUACGUGAAAAGGAAACUGAAUUGUCCAUGUUGCAAGGUGCGGGAGUUUCUGGCCAAGCACCCCUGACCUCCAAUGAAAUUUUGGAGGUUGAACCAGUGAUGAACAAAAGGACAGUUGGCGGGGCCUCUAUUGUACCUCAUGUGCGCAGUCUGCGAAAAGGCAAUAAUGAUCAAGUUGCUAUUAGUAUAGAUAUGGAUCAGGGUAGUAGUACAUUAGAUGAUGUAGACGAUGACAAAGUUCAUGGUUUCAAGUCACUUACUAUGUCAAGAAUUGUACCAAGAUUUACUAGGCCUGUCACCGACAUGAUCGAUGGCUUAUGGGUCUCAUGUGAUCGGGCACUAAUGAGGCAACCUAUUCUACGACUUGGAAUUAUAAUUUAUUGGUCUGUGUUGCAUAUGCUACUUGCAACUUUUAUAGUUUGAAGAAAAUACUCUCUCAUCAUUAAAGGAAGUUGGGAACCAGCAUCAAAAUUUUGCCAACUUGGAUGUUAAGGUAGCUGGUUUCCCCCCACCCCCAAGGUCACUGGACAAAAUAGAAUUGGGGUUCAAAAGUUAAAUCUACUACUCUGCCAUUACAUUCAUCUGUGUAAACAUUGAUUCUUUUUAGAUUAGAUUACAUGGGUUGGGAUUAUUUUUUCAGCUCAACCUGGCAGCUAAGAUUUUCCAUUUUUGCGGGUGAGAGGGUGCGGGGGGUUCAUUUUAAGUUUCAGCUUGCCUUGGUUGUAUUCAAUAAAACCUUGUCCAUACUAAAGAAGAUAGUUUUGCUCCAAUCAAAGGUUGUAUAUUAAUGCUAUCAAUAAAAUAUAAUUUUUUGUUUU